GAGUCAAACCCAAAGAGGGGCCAACACUAGCACUCAGCACAGCACCAUUCUGUUGUUCAGGUUGGAGACAGACACAUUGAGAGAAGAAAAAGUGUGUGACAAGAAGUCAAGUGCGGAGGGUGGAAGAAACUCAGCAAAUCCAUCCCGUGGACCAGAGUACAAUUUAAGGAAUAUGGGGAAUACUAAGAGUGGGGCUUUGUCCAAAGAGCUUCUGGAGGACCUUAAGCUAAACACCAAAUACACAGAAGAAGAGCUCUGCGCAUGGUACACCAGCUUUCUCAAAGAGUGUCCCUCUGGACGUAUUACCAAAGAACAGUUUGAGGGCAUCUAUGCAAGUUUCUUCCCAGAUGCUGACCCUACAGCAUAUGCUAGGCACGUCUUCCGCAGCUUUGACACCAACGCUGAUGGCACUUUGGACUUUAAGGAGUACAUUGUGGCACUGCACCUCACCUCUUCAGGCAAGACCCUGCGCAAACUUGAAUGGGCCUUUGCUUUGUACGAUGUUGAUGGAAAUGGGACCAUCAGUAAAAAUGAGGUGCAGGAGAUUGUACGGUCGAUAUUCAACAUGGUUCCUGUUGAAGACCAGAAAAACCUUCCAGAUGAUGAGAACACGCCAGAAAAGCGAGCAGACAAAAUCUGGGCUUUUUUCGGAAAGCAAGAUAAUGAUAAGAUUGGAGAGGGGGAAUUCAUUCAGGGUGUCAUGGAGAACAAAGACAUAUUGAGGUUGAUACAAUAUGAUGAGCCAAAGAAGAUUCAAGAAAAACUCAAAGAAAAGAAGCAUUAAUAGACACAUUAACUAUGACUGAUUAGAGCUUCAUUUCUAUUUUACACAAAAAAA